AUGCCCUACACUAAUGUAACUAUCAUAACAGAGUUUUUUUUGAUGGGGUUCCCUGGACUUCCACCCUGGUGCCAUGGGCCAGUGGCAGGACUUUUCCUCAUUGUCUAUCUAACCAUUGUGUCAGGGAAUGGUUUCCUUUUAGUUUUUGUGGGCAGUGAGCGACACCUACAAAAACCUUCAUAUUUAAUUUUUUGUAAUCUGGCCAUGUCUGACAUUGUCUUUGCUACCACCACUUUACCUAAAGCCAUCGCCCGGUACUGGGCAGAGGACCAAAUCAUAACGUUCAAUGCCUGUUUCUUGCAGAUGUUCCUAGUCCACACAAUGGGCUCUUUCAAUUCCUUUCUUCUUAUGAUAAUGGCUCUUGAUCGCUAUGUAGCCAUAUGUAAUCCCCUCAGAUACCACACCUUGAUCAAAAACUCCUCCAUACUGACAUUAUGUUGCCUAGCUUGGCUUAUAUCAACAAGCUGGAUGAUUUUUAUUCUUGUACAGGCUUAUUCUCUGACAUACUGCAAUUCCAACAAGAUUUUUCAGUGUUACUGUGACCAUUUUGGAUUAACAACAGUAGCAUGUGAUAACAACUGGAAAAUCCAAGUCAUAGCCUUUGCUGGGGCAAUGACUGUGCUGCUGGGUCCACUUACAUUUAUAUUGUUUUCUUACAUUUCCAUCAUUAUUGCCGUCAUGAAGGUAGCAAACCUGGAGGGAAGAUAUAAAGCUUUCUCCACCUGUAGCCCUCAACUGUGUAUCAUAUGUCUUUAUUAUGUCCCCAGGUGUUUCAAUUAUGUGGUCAGCAUCUUUGGCUUUAAUUUAAGUGCAGAUAUCCGCAUUGUUAUGAUUCUGCUCUACAGUCUUUUUCCCCCAGUCGUCAACCCUUUGGUAUAUUGUUUCAAAACUACAGAAAUUAAGGAGACUUUGAGCAAAAGGUUUAAAUCCAUAAAGACUGGAGUUGCAGGUUGCAACAGUUAA